AGUUUGUCGAGCGUUGCUGCUUCAUCUGGCGGAAAACCUGCGAGUCGUUGCUUCAGAGCUGCUCGGCACCACUCCAUGAGGAGCAAGCACCUUCGUGCUCGAUAGCCAACGCAGCCUCGACAUCGCUGGCUUUGACGAGGUCGAACCGCAUCGUGGCUCGCUCGAACGCACAAAAUCACGAUGACAUCAGUUGCAUCGACGCACAAUCCAGGUCUGGCAGCCCUCCUCAAUCAACCAUCGCUCAGAAACUGAAGUUGUGAGACAGACCAUGUCCGGCACAUGAGAUUGGCGCUCGAUGAGGCCCGCAAAUGCACGCCUGUAGCCAAGGCGUUCUGCGUUGGCGCCGUCAUCGUAAAGGAUGGCGCAGUCAUCUCUACGGGCUACUCUAGGGAGCUAGAAGGCAACAACACGCACGCAGAGCAAUGCGCCAUCGAUAAGCUGGUCCGAGCCGGUCGGGUCCACGAGACAAAGGACAGUGCUAUAUACACAACCAUGGAGCCUUGUUCGACACGUGCUUCUGAUCCUGUCUCCUGCACGACAAGAUGUCUGCAGGCAGGCUUCUCUCAUGUGUACUUAGCAGUCCACGAGCCGAGCGAUUUCGUCGAGUGUCAGGGCACAGACUUGCUUGUCCAAGAGGGCGUCACAGUGACUGUCGUCGAGGGACUUGCAGAUGAGGCCCUGCGGAUAGCAAGAGGAAAUGCAUAAAGGAGCCCGUCAGUCUAUGUUAUGAUCAGCCAACAUGCUGUACCAAGAUGGCAGGUGAAUCAAAGCGUGAAUCGCGAUAGCCUGC